GUGCGUCCCCAACCCAACUGUGUGUUGUUCCCAGCGGAGCUGGGCGAGAUGAGGGGGCAGUUCUUCCACUUCAGUGCGUCCUCAGCCCAACUGUGUGCUGUUCCCAGCCGAGCUGGGCAAGAUGAGGGGGCAGUUCUUCCACUUCAGCGAGGUCGUGCUGAACGUGACUCCCCAUCUUCCCCACCUCACCAACUCUGUUCCUCUUUUGCCGCUUCAUUUCCCCCUGUGUCUUCUCUCUUCUCCCAGGUUCGCCCCCAGCCCAACUGUGUGCUGUUCCCAGCUGAGCUGGGCGAGAUGAGAGGGCAGUUCUUCCACUUCAGUGAGGUGGUGCUGGAUGACGGCUCGUUCCACGGCGACCAGCUGGAAUUCGGUUUGGGUGCAGCAUGGAGGAGGGGUGUGCUGGAUGACGUCUCAUUCCACAGCCACCAGCUGGAGUUCGGCUACCUGAUUGAGCAGCAGACUCCCGGCUCUACUGCUCGUCCAGAGGGCUACAUGGCAGGGGCAGUGCUAGCAUCCUACGUGCAUCUGCACUUCGCCUCCAACCCCUUUCUUCCCUCCCUCCCUCCCCACCCCUCCCCCCUGCCUGCCCUCCCCCUUCCAGGUACCCUGAUUGAGCAGCAGACCCCCGGCUCUACCGCUCGUCCAGAGGGCUACAUGGCAGGGGCAGUGCUAGCAUCCUACGUGCAUCUGCACUUCGCCUCCAACCCCUUUCUUCCCUCCCCUCCCUCCCCACCCUCCCCCUUGCCUGCCCUCCCCCUCCCCAGGUACCUUAUCGAGCAGCAAACUCCAGGCGCCACCUCCCGUCCAGAGGGCUACAUGUCUGGGAGCUCGUUUCGUAGGAGGAGUGAGAGCGGAGGGAGGUGGGAUGCGAGGGGGUUUGAUGCUGGUGGGGGGGUAUCGCCUCCUCAUUAUCUCGAGACAGCUCAUCCGGGUACUGUUCCUGGUUCUUCAGGUGCUUAUUCAGGUGGUUUCUCAGGCAGACCGUCAGGCAUUUCGCCUGAGCACGACGACCCCACCGAGGCUGACCUCCAGGCUCGGCGGAUGGGCGCUCGCGAGGCAGAGGACCGAUCCUCACGUUCAGAAUCGUACGUGAUUGGAGAGCGCGUGGGCGGUAGCGUUGUCCCAUAUGUCAUGUUUCCGGGCGGCAGCGCCAUUGGCAGCGCUGUGGCAAUAUCAUACGGCGGACAAUCAAAUCACACAGGAUAUGGAUACGGGGCGGGCACAGGCGGCGGAAGUGGGGGGAGAACGGGCAACGGAGGAGGAGGGGGGCGGGGCGGCGUUGACUGGGCUCGAUACGAGCUCUCCCCACCCCUCCCUUACCAAUCAACAGGAUACAGCAGGGAAGGGAAUGGCAGUCAAGGGGUGGGAGGGCCGGGGUUCAUCCCCUCUCCCAUGCGAAGGUCUAUAUCUGAGCUAUGGAUGCCUGGGGGUGGGGGUGGUGGGCUUGAGGAGUUGAGCCUGGGCGGAGGGCAAGGGGCGCCUGGGCGAGGGGGAAGAGUGGGGGGAGGAGGCGGAGGGUUUUGGGAGAAGGAGGAGGAGGAGGGGGAGGAGGGGGAGGAGGGGGAGGAGGAGGAGGAGGAGGAGGAGGAGGAGGAGGAGGAGGAGGAGGAGGAGGAGGAGGAGGAGGAGGAGGAGGAGGAGGAGGAGGAGGAGGAGGAGGAGGAGGAGAAGGAGGAGGGGGAGGAGGUGGAGGAGGAGGCAGGGGAGGAGGCAGCUGCUACAGGGGCUCAACCCACCCUUCUUCCUACUCCUUCAAAUCUACCCCAGUUCAACACUCCUCCCGAACCUGCUUCCAAGGCUGCAGCCGAAGCUGCUGCCGAAGCUGCAGGUCGGGAUCCCCACACUCACUUCUCCCCUUCUAAAGACUUCUCGUUUGGUACGAGAAGGAGGUUGGAUCUGGGUCAAGCGAACGAGGGGGGGAGAUGGGGAGAAGGGUUUGGGGGGGUGGAGACAGGUGCUGGUGUGACAGUAGGGAGUUACAGGGUGGCUGCAGCAGGGUUGAGAAUGGCAGGUGGAAUGGGGGGUGUAUUUUCAGGUGGAAUGUCAGGUGGAAUGGCAACAGAGGGACGCCAGGUGCUUCGCUGCCCUGCUGCCAGCAAGCCGUCUUCAAAGGUUCAAGCCUCCCCUUGUGUGCUGGAUUCGGAGUGGUUGAGAGCGGUGCAGCCAGAUGUGGUGCUCUUGGGGGGCUCCACUGCCUGCCUGCGCUGCGACCUGCACUGGCAAGAUGGAAACACACAGCCCACCGCUGUUGCUGCUGCAGCUAAUUCUGCUGAUUCUGCUACUGCUGCUGGGGUUUCUGAUGCUGCUGGUGCUGCUGCUGCUAGUGCUGCUGCUGCUGCUGGUGCUGCUGGUUCUGGAGGGUCAGCACAAGGCCCAACAGCAGGAGGACUAAAGGGAUCAGGAGUGGCAGAAAAGGGAAGCCAUUGUGACAGCCGUACCUUAGCUGCAGAGGUUCGGAGGAGCCUCGGUGAAUCAAGCUCGGGAGAAGGAGGCGGUGCAUCAAUCGUUUCUCUCCGACCCGCCACACUCGCUCAGGUGCUAGAGUCCGUGGUCACUGUGGGGACAGCCCUAGGUCUGUAUCAGCCAGCCCAGGCCCUCUCCUCUCACCUCCACCUGCGCCUCCGCUCCCUCGCUGCUGCCCUCGCCACCGCCCCCCGCCCCCGGGUCACCUCCCUAGAAUCCAUCUCUCCUCUCGUUAUGGCUGGGCAUUGGCUUCCCGAGAUGAAAGUUUUGGCCGGGGCGGAUGAUGGCGGGCUGCAGGAGCCGGGCAGCCCGGUGCAGAAGGUUUUGUGGGAGAGCAUUACAGCGUUUGGGCCGCAGGUGCUGUUUCUGACGCCGUGUGCUGCUGAUGUGACGACUGCUCUUGCUCAGGUGCUGUUUCUGACGCCGUGUGCUGCUGAUGUGAAUACCGCUCUUGCUCAGGUGAGGAUGGAAGGAAGAAGUGUAGCGGUGUAA